AUGUUCUCUGCCACGCUGAUGGACGCCAACCGUGACGAACGCCCCGGGAUCCGCAUCGCCUACCUAACGGACGGCUACCUCCUCAACCACGGACGGAUGCACUUCCAGUCGUGUGUAUCCACACUCAUCGUCCACGAACCUCUCUUCGACGACGACUGCGCCCUCAACACCAUCUCGAAAGAGGACAUGCAUAGGAUCAUGGAUCUCUUCCCCGCCACCUGCGAAAACUUCGGUUUGCUCAUUAACACGGAGAAGACGGCAGUCAUGCGCCAACUGCCGCCCAACACAGCCCCCUCCCCAUGCGCUGGAAAACAACGUGAACAGAACCCAAAUACAAGUAAUGUACAAGUUCACGUUUUGGGCAGUACCCUCUCCCACAGCACUAUAGUCGACGACGAAGUGGCCCGCUGGAUGUCCAAGGCCAGUCAAGCCUUCGCUCGUCUUUAA